UUUAAUUGAUUUAAACUUUUAAUUUUUGCAUUUUCUGGUUUACCUUUGGUCGUAAUAACUUGUUUUAAUGCCUACGAUCAAAAUUUCUUAUGUAGAUUUAUGUAACUAUGCCGUAAUUACGUUUUUUCUUGUGUUUGAAGUGGUGUUCUAUGUAUAAAUUGAAGCAGGCUUAAAUUUGAGAUUCAAUGUCACGAUAAAAUCAGACCGACAACGAUUGAUGUCCUACAAUUGAUAAAUAUAAAUAUCGAUAUUUAGAAUUGAAUAUUUCAGUUUGUAAAGUGAAGUUGUUCAGUAAAAGUGUGUUACAAAGUAAAUACUGCGAUGUCUGUUCGUGCAAACAAACCAUUUGGCAGUUUAAUUUAUGAAUUGUUAAGAAAACAUGUGGAAACUUCAAAAAAUAAAGUUGCAUUUAUUAACGUGGAGAAUAAAACCCAAAUUUUGUAUAAAGAGAUUGUGGAAAAAAGUGGCUCAGUUAUUAGCUUGCUGACUGAUAUGAAAUCGCUGGAAUGCAUUGAUCGUGUAGCGAUUUGUUCCGAAAAUAAUCUGAAUUACUUCAUUCCAGUUUUGGGCUGUUUAUAUCUGGGUUGCCCGAUUGUGAACAUAAGUCACACCUACGCAAAAAUUGAAUUGUUAAAUGCUAUAAAUACAACAAAGCCAAGUGUUGUCUUUUGUUCACGUGCAAUGUUUGCAGUGAUUUCUUCAGUUUGUCUUGAUAAUAAUUUAGAAUUCGUCAAGAAAAUAAUAGUUUUGGAAGAUAUUGAUUAUUCUGAUGCUAAUAAUACAAAACCGGAUGUUGUGGAACUUGAUAAUCAUGAUGUGGUGGCUGCAAUGAUGUUUUCUUCAGGGACCACUGGAUUGGCAAAGGCAGUGAUGUUAAAACAUGAAAAUAUUUCUUAUUUUUACAAUCAAUUUCAAGAUGAAAAGUUGUUAUUAUCGCACGUUUUAAAUACGUUAGUAAUAGUGCCAUUUUCGCACGCCUACGGAUUUAUAAUGACUUUAGUUUUACUUGCAACCGGUAAAACUGUCAAAUUCAUGACGAAAUUUAACGAAGACAUAUUUUUGCAAAGUGUAGAAGAAUAUCAAAUCGAUUCUUUAACACUAGUACCUCCAUUAAUGGUUUGGAUUGCAAAAAGUCCUAAAGUCGAUGAAUAUGAUUUAUCUUUUGUGAAACAUAUUGUUUCUGGAGGUGGACCUCUUGCUGAAAACGUGAUUGAAGCAAUUACAAAACGUUUACCAAAUAUUACUAUUGGUCAAGUAUAUGGAAUGACAGAAGUAACUCUAGCUGCUACGUGCACACCUCUUGAUUAUAUCCCUGCAAAAGCAUUUUCCGUAGGUAAAGCUUUACCAGGUGUUAAAAUUGCAAUUCGUAGCACAUCGCUUGUUGCUGAGACAUUUUUGGGUCCUAAUGAAAUUGGAGAAGUAUUGAUGAGUGGCCCAAUAGUAACAAAAGGCUACUAUAAAAAUACCGAAGAAACUGAGAAUACUUUUUUUAAUAAUGGUUAUGUUGCAUCUGGUGAUUUAGGUUAUGUUGACAACGAUGGAUAUUUAUAUAUUGUUGAUAGGGUAAAGGAUUUGAUAAAGUAUAAUGCUUUCCAAGUUCCUCCAGCUGAACUGGAGGGUUUACUCUUGACUCAUGGAGAUGUUAUUGAUGCUGCUGUGGUUGGGUUAAAAGAUGAUACUCAUGGUGAAUUACCUUUUGCUUUUGUUGUUAAAAAAGCAAAUAGUGAGUUGACAGCGAGUGAUUUACAGGAAUUUAUUCAAAAACUUGUUUCAUAUCCUAAAUAUCUCAGAGGUGGCGUUCAAUUUGUUGAUUCAAUCCCAAAAACGCCUGUUGGAAAAAUUCUACGACGCGAAUUACGGGAUUUGAUAAAUCGUGUUAUUGUUUAAUUAAUUAUUUGUUAAAUUUAUUAUAUUUUGUUAUCAGGUGUUGGUUAUUUGAGCUAAAAAACAAAUAUUAAUAAUAAAAAUCACGUUUUUGUGUA